GUAACUUCACAUACUUCGUGCUCGCGAAUCGUUGCCAAUGCUGCUGCUGCUACUGAAGUCUCUCGGGCACAUUUUACGUUUCGCACUUCUUCCCCACCGCUUCGCUCCAUUGUGCGGCGAGUAUGCGAUAAUAAAAUUCGCAUAUAGUACACAACGCGCUGCACACAGCGAAGAUUUUGACGUGUCCCAAGUAAAGCGCUUCGUUUAUGCCGCUCUCUGCACAUACUCGCACAUUGUUCCUCGAUUUAAGUGCAUCGUUUAAUGAAGUACGUUUACACCGUAAUUUCUUUGGCUAUUUUACCGACGACACUUCGCGUUGAAACCAAGCGACUGUCUACCGAGUACCGACGACUAACCUUUUUAUAUGCUGUGUUGUCUAUAAACAUAAGACGAUCGAGCGCGAAGAACGAUGGAGUUGAGCGCCACAGGAAAGCAAUUGACGUCGAGGGAACUCCUCAUACCGGCAACGUUUCCCAACCGAGAAACAGUAACCCAAGUGUUGGAGGAAAUCGCUCGAGAUUUGACCGGUCGUGACAUUAUAUCAAUAAUGUUUUUAAUGAGUGACGGUGAGACGCCGUUUUAUGUCGAGAGAAUUGUAAGCACACCCACAGAGGCUUUUUUACAAGUGAGAAAAAUAAAAAACUGGGAGAUAAAAUUAAUCGAGAGCCUAUUUUUGACCGACAACAUAAAAGUGUUGAGGAAAUUAGGAUUUCAAGACGUAAAAAUCUCUACGAAAAAUUACGAUGGAAAAAAUUACUUUAUGCCACAUUUAGAUCGCGACGUUCAACGACUAUACUUUUAUUGUGAAUCUUUAGAAUUCCAUGAAACUAAAUAUUUAAUUCAGGAAUUAAAAAAUUCAACGGAUUGUUCUUUUGAAUGUGGAAGAGAACAGCAAUUGGAGUUGUGUUUUCUCAAUUUUCUUGAAGAUCAGAAGAAAAAUGACACAGGUAGCCAUGACAUGUAUGUAUUGAUGAGGAUUUUAAACAAGAUUGGAUAUAAAACCAGUUGUUUCAAUUCAUUGAUUGAAAAUAUAAAUGAAACCGAUAAUGCAACUUCAGUCACAACAAAACUUGUAUCAUCAAAUGAUAUAAAUUUCAAAGCUCCUGAUCAAAAUAAUAUAUUACAUAAAAAAAAAGCACCAUGGUCCAAUAAUGAUAAAAGGAUAUGCAUUAUUGUUAAUAUUGAAGAAUUUGAUAAACAUAAAGAGAAAAUCAAACCAAGACAUGGAUCAGAUAUAGAUGUUGAAAAUUUGGAGGAAUCCUUUAAAGGUUGUGGAUUCGAAAUAGAAAAACAUUCAAAUUUAAACCAUUGGGCAAUGUUGGAGCUUUUACAAGAUAUGCCCCAUAGAUAUAAAAAUUAUGGUGCAAUAUUCUUGUGCAUCAUGAGUCAUGGGACAAAAGGUCAUGUGUCAUUUACAAAUCAAGAUUUACCCCUCGAAAAAAUUGAAAAAGAGUUUUGCCAAAAUGAAUUAAGAAACGUUUUUAAAUUCAUAAUUCUUCAGGCUUGUCAAGGGACUUAUAAAGGUCUGAUUAGUAAAGAACUGAUUGAAACUGAUGGUAUAGACAACGGAAUGAGUGCUUACAAUCCAAAAUUAAAGCUUAAUUAUUCAAUUUUGCAAGCGACCAUAGAAGGAUUUCAAGCUUUUAGAAGCAAAACUGAAGGUUCUAUUUUAAUUCAAGCUGUUUGUAAAGAGCUCGAAGAGUCUACACCGAUAAAAGUUUCAGAGUGGGCUAAGUUAGUCAAACAGAAUGUUUCUACAUGGGAUGCGCCUUCGGAACAUGAAUCUUACAACUAUUGUCAGGUACCGACUUACAAAGACAAUACAUGCUAUGAUUAUAUAAUUCCAAAGUACCAAAAAGCAAAAAGAACCGGUACAUAAAAUAUAAUUUUAUUUAAGUGUACUUCAAAGACGAACCGACGAGUUUAAUUUAGAGUAUGAACAUUUCAUAAUAAAGAUGAAGUAAAAAUGUGAUAUUUCUACAAAUACUUAUGAAAAUGUUAACUUUUCUCGAAUACAAAUACAAAUACAAUUACAAUUAUAAUGUAAUGAUGAAAAAAGAAAUUUUUAUAUUUUUAUACAGAAUUGUUGCGUUAGUGUGAUA